AGGGCUCAGCUCCAGCCCUCUGUCCCAAAUCCUAAAUUUUGAAGCAGAAGAGUAGCUCUGCUUACAGCCUAGAGACCUGCUGGGCUUUGAGACUGCCUUUGCACGUGGGGCUGGACACUGCCUGCGCUGAAGUCGAGGAGCUUUUGCUCUUAACUUCUCCAAGACCUGAAUUUCACAUCUGGACCUUAGCACGCCUGGUUACCAUCUGAAUCCUAUACUGAGAGGGGACAGUCUCUGUAUAUAGCCACUGUGUAUAUCCCUGCUUGCUGGAUGUCACUGUCAAAAUAGCAACCCUUGGGAGUUUGCCCGUUGGAAGGUGAGGAACACAGCCAUCGAGCGGAGGGACCUGCUCCACAAUCCACUGCCCCUGAUGCCUGAGUUUCAGAGGAGCAUCCGCCUCCUGGGCAGGAGACCCACCACGCAGCAGUUCAUUGAUACCAUCAUCAAAAAGUACGGCACCCACAUCCUCAUCUCUGCCACCCUGGGAGGUGAGGAGGCCUUGACCAUGUACAUGGACAAAAGCCGCCUCGACAGAAAGUCAGGAAACGCUACCCAGAGCGUUGAAGCAUUGCACCAGCUUGCUUCCUCCUACUUUGUAGACCGUGAUGGCACCAUGAGGAGACUCCAUGAGAUCCAGAUCUCCACCGGAGCAAUCAAGGUAACAGAAACUCGGACUGGCCCCCUGGGCUGUAACAGCUACGACAAUCUGGACUCUGUGAGUUCUGUCCUUCUGCAAAGCACUGAGAGCAAACUCCACCUGCAAGGUCUCCAGAUCAUCUUUCCUCAGUAUUUACAAGAGAAGUUUGUCCAGUCUGCCUUGAGUUACAUCAUGUGCAAUGGUGAGGGGGAGUACAUCUGCCGGAACAGCCAGUGUGGCUGCCAGUGUGCGGAGGAGUUCCCGCAAUGCAACUGCCCCAUUACUGACAUCCAGAUCAUGGAGUACACGCUAGCAAACAUGGCCAAGACCUGGACAGAAGCCUACAAAGAUCUGGAGAAUUCAGAUGAGUUUAAAUCCUUCAUGAAAAGGCUACCUAGCAACCACUUCCUGACCAUUGGGAGCAUCCACCAGCACUGGGGGAAUGACUGGGAUCUGCAGAACCGCUACAAGCUGCUGCAGAGCUCCCUGGAAGCCCAGCGCCAGAAGAUCCAGCGCACUGCCCGCAAACUCUUUGGCCUCAGUGUCCGGUGUCGGCACAAUCCUAACCACCAGCUGCCUAGAGAAAGGACAAUACAGGAAUGGCUUACCCGGGUCCAGUCCUUGCUCUACUGCAAUGAGAAUGGGUUCUGGGGGACCUUUCUGGAAAGCCAACGGAGCUGCGUUUGCCACGGUGGCACCAGCCUGUGCCAGCGCCCCAUCCCCUGCAUCAUUGGGGGCAACAACAGCUGUGCCAUGUGCAGCCUUGCCAACAUCUCUCUCUGCGGCUCGUGCAACAAGGGCUAUAAGCUUUACCGGGGUCGCUGCGAGCCUCAGAACGUAGACUCGGAGCGGAGUGAGCAGUUCAUCAGCUUUGAGACGGACUUGGACUUCCAAGACCUAGAGCUGAAGUACCUGCUGCAGAAAAUGGACUCUCGCCUGUAUGUGCACACCACUUUCAUCAGCAAUGAGAUCCGCUUGGACACCUUCUUCGACCCCAGGUGGCGCAAACGCAUGUCCCUGACCUUGAAGAGCAACAAGAACCGGAUGGACUUCAUCCACAUGGUGAUCGGGAUCUCCAUGCGAAUCUGCCAGAUGCGCAACAGCAGCCUGGACCCUAUGUUCUUUGUCUAUGUCAACCCGUUCAGCGGGAGUCACUCGGAGGGCUGGAACAUGCCCUUUGGGGAGUACGGCUACCCACGCUGGGAGAAAAUCCGCCUCCAAAACAGCCAGUGCUACAACUGGACCCUGCUACUGGGCAACCGGUGGAAAACCUUUUUUGAGACCGUCCACAUCUACCUACGCAGCCGGACUCGGCUGCCCUCCCUACUGCGUAACGAGACUGGCCAAGGGCCCGUGGACCUUUCUGACCCCACCAAGCGUCAGUUCUACAUCAAGAUCUCGGAUGUGCAGGUGUAUGGCUACAGCCUGCGUUUUAAUGCUGACCUACUGCGCAGUGCUGUGCAGCAGGUCAACCAGUCGUACACGCAAGGUGGGCAGUUCUAUUCUUCUUCCUCCGUCAUGCUCUUGCUGCUGGAUAUUCGGGACCGAAUCAAUAGACUGGCGCCUCCCGUGGCCCCAGGGAAGCCCCAGCUGGAUCUGUUCUCUUGUAUGCUCAAGCACCGCCUGAAACUCACCAACAGCGAGAUUAUCCGUGUGAACCAUGCUCUAGACCUGUACAACACCGAGAUCCUCAAACAGUCGGACCAGAUGACAGCCAAACUCUGCUAACCCGGACUUUUCAAUGGACAUGUUGGUGAUUGAUCCU